AUGUCUUCAAUCCUUGCUAAUCUUAUGUUCGGUAAUAUCGAUGAAGAUGGGGAAUUAGAAGAUGAUUCGUUAUUAGAUAAGGAAAGUAAGCGACAAUUAUCGCAAAUUACAUGUGAGUUUGGUUUAGACACUAUUGUCGACGACUUUAACGAUGAUGAAGUGCAAGAUGAAGAUUAUCGUACAUCUGGGAAUGUUCCUACAAGCCGAUCUGCUGUCGAUUUCAUCGAUAUUCAGGAACUAGCCGAAGAUAACAAUGAUCAUGGGAAUUGCGAAUCUACGCUAUCGGCUUUAAUUGCUGGCAAAUCUUCACCGAACAACGGAAAUAAUGAAAACAAGAACUUGCUUAAUACUAUGGGAUCAAAUUCGUUAUUUUCUAAUGAUGGGUCAUUCGCUACCUCACCCACCGAUUCAGAAUAUACCAAAGAUGGUAUAAAAGUUGCAGAUGAUCAUCAAGCUUUGGAAUCAGAAGAUUCUGAAUCACAAGACGAUGUUGAUUGGAAUCAGAUAAUAGAAACUUAUGAUCAAUCGGAACUGUCAAAUAAUAAAGAGCUACUUUUAAAGAAUUUAGCUAAGUGUAAAGCUGGUUUUCCUGCUGUAAUGUUUGGCAUGUCAAAUGAUAAAGAUGGUAUUGUUAGAACUCGAACUGGCUCAACUGUGAUUGAUUUAUUUCCUGAAUUUAAACCUGGUGAAGUGCUGAGAUUCACACGUUUAUUUGGACCUGCAAGAGCUGCUUCUAUGCCUCAAGUUUGGCGUAACGCUAGGCGUACAAGAAAACGGCGUCGCCAAGAAGUCAUAAAUGAAGGUUUCGGUCACCGGUCACAUUGUAGUAGAUCUUUACCGCAUGCUCCAUCUAAUCGUGUUGCUGAAGAUGACGAGGUACUUUUUCUCUCUUCGUUAAAGCGAAAAUUUAAUGCUUCUAGUAUUAUCCAUAAUACUGAGGUAGAUAAUGUAGAUGAAAGAAAUAAGAAAUCCAAAAAGAGACCAAAAUGGCGCUUUGGUCCAGCUAGGUAUUGGUACGAUCAAAAAGGUUUACCUGAGGAUGGUAGCAUUCCUGAAUAUAAAUCUAAUCGAAAAGAGGCGUAUAACCCCGAAAAGAGAAGCCAUGGUCGUAAAUUGGAUAUUAGUGCUUAUACUAUGCUAGCUCAACAGGAAUGGGAGAAUAAUAUAAUUUGGUCGGCCGAUGAUGUAAGACAAAAGCGAAAUAGUGCAGAUGCAGAAAGAGUUGAAGCUGAAGCUGGCUGGAUUCCAUCUACACGAUGUAGAACUUUCUUAAAUCAUUUGGGCGAUAAGCGUAUGAAAACUUCGGAAUCCAUGUUUCCCAUACAAAAUAGAGAAUUAGUGUACACACGAUGGGAAGACAAUAUUAUUUGGGAUACCCCGACUUAUCCAUCAAUUUCGACAAAUCCUGAAUUACGCCUUGAUCCAAAUGAUGAAAACAUCUUGUGCAUUCCAUACGUACCUGACAAAGGCCCAGUUUCUAAAGCGACACAAGACAAAGAAACCAAGAAGGAAAAGGGUAAAGGUAAAACGGCAUUAAGCAAGUCAGGGGCAUCUAAAAUAGAUAAUAUGGAGUUACCAGAAGAAAUGAAAGUAAAAGACAUCGAUAAAGAUUCUUACAACUUUUCGAAUGAUGCUUAUUAUAGUACUAAGACCAAUACAACUGGUGGUGGAGUUAGUAACACCUUAGGCGUUCGUGCCGUUUUGCAUUCUACGCCUUCAGUACAACUAAACCCAAAGUUAUUUCCUACACACUGGACUCCGUACAGCUUACGCAACUUUCAUAGACCUAUAUUUUGUCGCCCGAACUAUGGAAAACAUCAUAAGGCGCCGUUUAUGAUACGUAGUGUUACCAAACGUAUCAGAAAGAAAGCAAAGGAACGCGAAAGAGCCAGAGCGGCUUCUGGAGGAGGAGAAAUAUUUUUUAUGGUUAAUCUUGAAGAUCUUAGUGCCACUGAUGGCGAAGUAAUGUUAUUAGAAUAUUCAGAAGAACACCCACCUCUAAUUCAAGCCGUUGGCAUGGCAUCUCGUGUUAAGAACUAUUACCGAAAGAAAGCUAGUAAAGAUACUGGACCCCAGUCUCCCGAAAUUGGUGAAAUGGUUAUGGUCAACAAUAAUUCACCUUUUCUGGGAAGUUUAUCUCACGGCCAGUUAUUACAGGCUUUUGAGAAUAAUCUUUAUAGAACGCCAAUCUACAAACAUAAAAUGCCUGACGAUCUAUUCCUAGUUAUAAAGAACCAUAACGGGUAUCAUAUUCGGGAAGCAAAGUGGUUGCAUACCGGAGGUCAACUUUGUCCCAAAUUUGAAGUCCCUAGUCCAAAUUCUAAGAAAGCCAGCAAUUUUGUUCGAGAUUUUUUACAGGUGUACAUUUACAGAUUGUUUGCUAAAAGUACGGAUAAUCCUAAGAGAAUUAAGAUGGAUGCCAUAAAAAAAUCGUUUACAUCACAUUCUGAAAGUAGCAUUCGUAAGAGAUUAAAACUAUGUGCAGAUUUUAAGCGAACAGGCGAUCAUAGCAACUAUUGGAUUUUGAAGCCGGAUUUUCGUCUACCUUCGGAGGAAGAAUUAAGGGACAUGGUAACACCAGAACAAGCUUGCGCUUAUGCUUGCAUGUUGGCCGCAGAACAAAAAUUGAAGGAUGCUGGUUAUGUUGGCAAGACGGUUGUUGAAGAUGAAGAUAAUGAAGAUUCUCAAAAAAUUGAAGAUGAGGUUAAAACGGCCCCAUGGAAUACCACUCGCGCUUUCUUACAAGCCUUGCAAGGAAAGUGUCAGCUUUCACUUACUGGAGAUGCAGAUCCAACUGGCUGCGGUGAAGGGUUUGCUUAUGUCCGCGUUCCUAAUAAACCUGUUGUUCCUAAGGAUGAAAGUAACGUAAUUAAUAAACAAAGAACGGUGACUGGUACAGAUGCAGAUUUAAGGAAGUUGUCGUUAAAAAAUGCAAGGCAAGUGCUCCGAGAUUUUGGUAUUUCAGACGAAGAGAUUAAAAAACUAAGUAGAUGGGAAGUUAUUGAUGUAGUAAGGACAAUGUCAACGGCGGCCGUUAAAUCAGGAGAAGAUGGUCUUAGUAAAUUUGCUCGCGGCUCACGUUUUUCGCUUGCUGAACAUCAGGAGCGUUACCGCGAAGAAUGCCAGCGUAUAUUUGAAAUACAAAAUAAAGUACUUGCAUCCGAAGAAGUUUUGUCAACUGAUGAAGAAAGCGUUAGUGAAGGUGAUGAUGAAUUUGAUGAACUCGGGAAAAAUCUUGAAAGUAUGUUAAUGAAUAAGAAAUCUGCAGCUGAGUAUUCGAAUGAACGAGAAGAGGCUGAGAGAUUAGAACUAAAAAAGAUGCUUAGUGAAGAUGACGUACGCAUACACAAAUCUGGCAGCAAAAGUCAGUAUAGUGAAAUGAUUUUUACUAAUCCUAUUGUUUAUUCAUUAUCGCAUUUCAUUGGAUCUGUAUUUAGUUAUCCAAGAUUUCUGGUUUGUAGCAUAUCCGAACUUUGCCAUAGUAUUCGUCAUAAUUAUAGAAAUUUCUUUAAGAAUUUUUUCUUAUUGAUAUUAGAUAAAGAUGAAGAUGAUAAAGCAUCUGUUAUCAGCGAAACGUCGUCAAUGAGAAGCGAGCAAACUCAAGACAGGGUGCCAGGAAGUCGAUUAAUUAUCCAUCGAACCUUUUCUCAAGAUGGCAGAGAGUUCGUUAGAAAUGAAGUAGUAACUGAUCCGGAAGUCAUAGAUGCUUAUAUCCGCAUCGCAACAAACAAGAAAGGCAAUAUUAGGUCGGAGUUUGCUACUUUUGAUCGUGAACAUCGAGAAGAUAUAAGAAAAGAAAAGAAACGAAUACAAGAGAAGCUUCGACGACUAGAAAGGGCUGAAAAGAAAGCAAAGGAAAUUCAAAACAAAAAGGAAGAAAAAUUGCAACCAGUAACUAUUACUGCACAGCCGCCGCAAAUAGAGAAUGAUACUGCACCUGAGUUAUCCACUCUCAAGAAAGAUCAGAGUAAACAAAAUGUACAGUCAGAGUCACAAACUAAAAAGAAGAAGGAAAAACCUCCAGUAGCAGUUAAUUUACGCUGCGGUGCCUGUGGUGAGAAGGGUCAUAUGAAAACCAACAAAAACUGCCCCAAGUACAAUGAGACAAUGGGACCGUCUGAGCACGUAAUAGCUAUGACCGAAGAACAGAUCAAAGAAGAAGAAGAUAAGAUAGCUGAGGAAAAUUUUGUUAAAGUCGAGGGAACGAAACUUCUGAUAGGGAAAGCCUUACUGCAUCAAACUCGCAUUAAGACAUGUUUAUGUCUCUACAGUCAUGAUGAAGUUCGUCGGCGAUCGCUAGUAUUACGCUUUCCUAAAGCUUACUUUAAGCGUCGCCGUGUAAGUAGAAGUUCGAGCAACGCGAAUUUAGAUUAUUUGAAGGGACCGACAAAAUCUAAAAACCGUCGCAGAACUGCACCUGAAGUUACGUUAGCCAAUAUCUUCGAAGAAAUUGUAAUUAAAAUGCGGAAUGUAAAAAAUAAUAUACGAGAAAGAAAUUACAAUUCCAGAGAAGAAUUUUUAGAGCAUUGCAGCCUUUUAGUUACCAAUAGUGUACAUUAUAACGGAGGUGAUAGUCCAUUUACCAAGACAGCUCAAGAAAUGUUUAGUGUUUGUACUGAUGAGCUGGAGAAGAAAGACAAAGAGAUAUCUCAACUUGAAAGGGAGCUUAAUCCACUUCUCGACGAUGAUCCUGAGGUUGGAAUUUCAUGGCUUUUUGAACAUACGGUGAUGCAAAUGAAGUCUGUUCCAGAUUCAUUCGCAUUCCAUGGUCCUGUUGAUGUUGUGACCGUCCCGGAUUAUUAUACCAUAAUAAAAGACCCUAUCGAUCUUGGUGUCAUACAACGGAAAGCCCAGAAUCAUGAGUACCGCUCACAUAGCGACUUUAUGAAAGAUAUAGAUUUGUUGUUCGCCAAUUGUGUUAUAUAUAACGGGGAAAAUGAAUACACUAAAAUCGCUAGAAUGAUGGUUGCUACUUGUAAUGAAACACUUGAUGAGUUUUCCGCUCAGAUACAGCAAUUAGAACGAGAACUAGCAGGAGUAUCCAGUGAAAAUGAUAAAAUAGACAAUCUUCUGGAUUCUUCAGACAUUGUAAUAGGUGAAACAGAAAAGUUUCAUCAUUCUAGUGGUAUAGGCAAGGAAAUUAUAGAACGAGACGAAGAAGAAAUGGAUGUAGAUUUAAGCGAUUUGAAGGAUGGUGAAGACAAAGGUAUCAUAUUUGUAGUUGAAGGCCAAGACAGUGAACCAGGUGAGGUGGAUAUAAUGAAUAUUAAACCAGAUCAAGAACCAUUCAAAAACGAUCAAUCUGGUAAUGUUAUGUUAUCACCCGAUAAUAUUCUUGAUAAUGACUUAAAUCUAUCAUCUUCAGAUGAUGAUUACUCCGAUUAA